CUCCAUACGGCUAGAGCCUCGAUGCGAUGCAGUAUCAUCACGGAGCCAGAUGCAGAUUCUUCCUAAUGAUUUACUUCCACGAAUUGGAUUGCACAUUAUCGCCGCAGAAGAUCAACUACUUCAUUCAUCGACAGCAGGAAGUUGCGCCAUACGCUCACAACCACUUCCUCGGUGCCGCGGGGCUUUCGUUGCUGCCCUACGCGAUCGGCUGGAUACAUGUCCAUUUUGAUCAAACCUAAGUUCGCGGAUAUCGUUUAGUUCUCGAGCCGGACGUCCGACUGAGUUUAGCCAUUGAGACUGUCAGGACUCCGCAGUGAAAAAUAAUGAGGCGUUGACGAUUGACAGGUGUCAGGCGAAAGUGUCGCAACAAAGACUAAAUGACGCCUUGUAGAAUUGGAAGCUAAUUAACUUCUAUAGACGUAAUACACUUUCAUCCUUAACAAGUCAACAAUCCACUUUGACUUCUGCAGAGUGCAGUCAAAAUUUUAUCAUUACCCCGCCAUCUGCACCGUCGCACCUCGCAAGGGUCCAACACGCGCCGCGGAAGCACGCCGAGUUGGGCUCGCCGUUCACACACCCCUGAUCCCUGCUUGCCGCCGGCAUAGAACUGUCUCGUAUACCCUCGUUUAGGCAUAGGCUGUUUGCUGUAGCCUAGCCUGGGACAAACAU